AUGAAGUUCACUCAGGUUCUGGUCGCUCUCGCCGCGACUCGUGGCGCUCUCUCUGCUCCCGUCGAGCUUGAGUCGCUCGCGGUUGCUGACGAGGCCUUCCCUCUUGCCGAGCUCCAGGCGUACUACGAGACCGAGUUCUCCAAGACCGAAGACCUCGAGACGACCAUCAAGGCGAGGCAAUACGCCUCGGCCACCUCGAACCAGCUCAUCGACGGCACACCCUGCCGCAGGGUCACCCUCAUAUAUGCCAGGGGCACCACGCAGGACGGCAACGUCGGUGACGCGGCGGCCGUCGGCCCCGUCUUCUUCAAUGCCCUUGCUCAGCAGAUCGGUGCCGCCAACCUGGCCGUCCAGGGUGUGGACUACGCGGCCAACGUGCUCGGUUUCCUCGCCGGAGGUGAUGGCGCUGGCAGCAGGACCAUGGCCAAUCUCACCGCCAGGGCUGCGAGCCAGUGCCCCAACACGCGGAUCGUCCUCAGCGGCUACAGCCAGGGCGCCCAGCUCGUCCACAAUGCUGCCGAGCAGAUCAGCGCUGCUGUCACCGCCAGGGUCACCGCUGUCUUGACCUUCGGCGACCCCGACCGCGAUGAGGCCUUUGGCUCUAUCCCUGCUGCCAGGACGCGUGUGAUCUGCAGGUCCGGCGACAACAUCUGCGAUGGCGGCAUCAUCGUCACGUCUGCCCACCGCCAGUACCAGCAGGAUGCCCCCGCGGCCGCCACUUGGGUAGCUGCCAGGGUUCAGUGA